AUAAGACAAACGCCAUCGUCCUACCACACUCUCUGCCCGCGCAGGCAGCCGAGCUGAGCUGAGCCUCUCCAGUCUCCACCGUCCGUCCAUGGCUUCUCGAGCCCUCGCCGCUCUGUCCAUCCAGCCGCGCCUCGGCGGGAGCGCCUCGGCCCUCGGACGGCCUGCCGUCCGUGUCAGCGCCAGGCCGCCGCGGCGGCGCCGGUCCAUGGUGGUGCGGGCCGGCGGGCCGCCGAGCACCAACGUGCUCAUCCUCGCCUUCGUGCUCCCGCUCUCGCUCUUCGUCGGCACCCUCGUCGCCGCCGCCCGCGUCGCCGACGACCUCGACGAGCGCUUCCUCCGGGAGAUGGAGAUCAACAAGGCGAUACUGGAGGAGAACGAGGCUUCCUCCGAGGAGGCGGCAGCCGACGGCGGAGAGUACGUCGUCGACGGAGACGAGGCCCCGUUGCCGGCGGCGGAGAAGGAGCAGGUCCUUGUCACAGCCACUGGCACUGGCACGCGCGCCAGGAACAGGCCGAAAAGGGAAGUGUAUUAGCUUAGCUAGAUUUGCACGGAGGGAAAUGCUUUGCUACCUUUGAGAUGUGUCCGUCAAUCAGCCUGUAAAUCUUUUGCAAAUGUUUCAGUAUGAUUGAUAGCAUAUACAAGUUAAUGCGCAAUCGAACAUAUACCCGAGGCGGCCGAAGAACGAAUAUAUGUAUGUUUUUUCAGAGAUACCAUA